ACUACUGUGAAAUCAACAGUUCGAUUCCGUUCAUUGGCAAAAAGAUCAUUCGCUAUGCUUGAAUCCCAGACACUCGUGGAGAAUUCAUCACCAUUCAUAGAUACCAAACGCCGAAAACACUGUCCCGACGCAUCAGAAGCUAGCGAGAGUACAACGACAACUACAACAUAUUUGUUCCAAACGCGUUUGUUGGGUACCCGGAAUUGUCCGAGCCAUAUAGAGAUUUGGAUCUGCGUUCGAUUACCCGACGGCAGAAGAGUGCAGAGAAGUUUCCUCAAAUGUGAAUCUGUUCAGCUUCUUUGGUCGUUUUGCUACUCACAGAUUGAUCAAUCAGAGAGGAACAAGCCUUUCAAGCUGUUUCAAGCGGUUCCGGGUUAUUACAAGAAUCUUUAUUACGGAUCUGACACUAGUUUCGAACAAUCUGGGCUUCCCAACUCGUUGAUCUCUUUGACUUGGGUGUGA